AUGGCAGGAGAAAGCGACAACAGGGAGGCAGUGAAGGUUGCGGUCCCGUCAAAAGACCCAAAAAAGGCCGGAAAGAAGGCAAAAGGCGCAGAGGAGAUGACUGAGGAUGACAAGAAGAUCCAAGAAAACAUUGACCUUCUUGUGGAGAGAACCUGUGACAGCGAUCUUGAGAUUGUGGCGUUGGCGCUGGAGACGCUUUCGCGGGAACUUAAGGCCGCCACCUCCUCUAUGACCAGUGUUCCCAAACCCCUUAAGUUUCUAAUGCCCCACAUCGACAGACUCGUCGAUCGCUACAAGCAGCUUCCAGAGAGGACGAACCUCAAGCGUGACUUUGCGAUGGUGCUGUCAGUGACCUGCACUACUAGCGGGGACUCGCGGCGACUGUCUCUGCACUUUUGUCUGGAGGCCGAGUGCAAGGAUGUGACCUCGUGGGGUUAUGAGUACUUGAGAAACCUCUCUGGGCAGAUUGCUGGAGCCUUUGCCGAGCUGCAGCUGCAGGAGGCAGUGACUAGCACUGAGCAGCAGAACGCAGCAGCGGGAACAGAUGGGAGCGCCAGCGCGGCGUCAGGAGAGGCUGUUGCAGUGGAUGGCCCCGCGCCCUCAGAGCAACAGCUGAACGGUGUAACAAAAGAGGUUGAUACCCAAGAAAAACCUGUUAGUGGGCUUGCGUCUGUGGUGGUUCCCCUGCCCACUGCGGAACAACUGCUGCAGCUGGUGGAGGAGAUCGUGCCGUACUACAUGCAGCAUAAUGCUGAAGUAGACGCAAUUGACCUUCUCACCGAAGUGGAAAAACCUCAGUCUCUGCUGCCCCUGCUGGAUACAAACAACUACCAGCGUGUUGUAGCGUAUCUCCUUAGUCUCUCUAACUACGCGGCAAGCCCUGAGGAGUCAGUAAAGCUGCAGAUGGUCGCGUUCGACGCUCUCAUGCAACAACAGCAACACUUUGAUGCCAUGCGUGUGGCGUUGAGGCUAGGAGACCGCGCCCUAGUAGACAAGGUUGUGAAGGACUGCAAGGAUUCCCUGGUACAGCAACAGCUGGCACUCCUUCUCUGUCGGCAGAGGGUGGAUGUGGAAUUUGAAGACGAGAAACUGCAACGGCUUGUUAGCGGUAGUAAAACUUCGCCGUUCUUUCGCUUCCUGGCGAAGGAGUUGGACGUCUUGGAGCCCAAGGAACCUGAAGAUGUGUUCAAGAGGCACUUGGAGGACCCUCACGGGAGGCGGGCCCGUCUUGCUGGGCUUGAAAGCGCGCAACAGAACCUCGCCUCCUCAUUUGUGAAUGCGUUCGUCAAUUGUGGCUUCGGUACAGACAAACUGAUGACGACUGACGGAAACAGCUGGCUAUUUAAAAAUAAGGACAGAGGGCUGCUGUCUACGACAGCUUCUCUCGGGGCUUUAUGCCUGUGGAACGUGGAUGAGGCACUGCAGCACUUGGACAAGCACCAAUACAGCAGCGAUGUGAACGUCAAGGCAGGCGCUCUCCUCGGGUUCGGAGUAUCCAGCUGCAACGUCCGUCAUGAGUGCGACGCUGCUUUGGCGCUGCUGAAGGAUCAUUUGGAGGCAACAGAGAUGACGGCGGAAACUCCCCUUCUUAAGGCUGCAGCUGCCAUUGGUUUGGGCUGUGCUUAUGCUGGGAGCUGCAGGGAGGAUGUGCUGGAGCUUUUAACGCUCGCAAUUCUUGAUGGUUCCCUUCCUCUAGAGUGUUCGGCUUUCGCUUCACUUUCGCUAGGCCUCUGCUUUGUAGGAAGCGCCUCGGCCGAUGCAGCGGAGGCGAUCCUGACGGCUCUUAUGGAUCGAUGCACUGCAGCGAAGGCCAUGGAUUCUCCCUUGGGGCAUUUUUUAUCAGUUGGUUUGGGUCUAGUAUUUUUAGGGACGCGAGACGCUGCAGAAGGGGCCUUGUGUGCUGUAGCUGCCCUGCCUCAUGCUGCUUUCUCUGCGGCUGCGACACGUAUCAUCGAAGGCUUGGCAGCUGCCGGUAGCGGUGAUGUACUGAAGGUACAACGCAUGCUUGGAGUGUGCGCGGAAUCUCGCCCAGAUGGGUACUGGAGGCAGAAACAAAAGGAACUCAACAACGAACAGCAUCCAGAGGAAGCAACGACAGGCGAUGCUGCUGCUGCCAACGGUACUGCUGCUCCAGGAGUGGACGGUGCCGCUGGUUCUGCAGUGGGCCGGGCUGCUACUGUCGGCUCAUCGAGCGAAUCUACAUCUGGAGCAACAAAUACAACAAGUACAACUACGGUUGACGAUGAUGAAGACCACCCGGACGAUACAGACCAGGCUGUGGCAGUUUUAAACAUUGCACUGAUUGCUUUUGCAGAGGAGAUGGGGGCAGAAAUGGCGCUGAGAUUAUACGACCACAUCCUCCAAUAUGCUGAUGCUCACAUGAAGCGCGCUGUGCCCUUAGCAGUAGCGUUGCAACACCCGAGCAACCCGAAACCCCAACUCAUUGACUUGCUGAGCAAACUAUCGCACGAUGCUGACCCUGACACUGCCCUAAAUGCGAUUUUCGCAAUGGGCAUUCUUGGUGCCGGAACGAACCACUCAAGGAUUGCCUCACUCCUUCGUCAACUGGCAUCUUAUUAUGGCAAAGAUCCCAGCGCGUUGUUUGUGGUUCGUCUUUCACAAGGAUUGCUAUACCUGGGAAAGGGCCUGUUGCAUCUGGGUGCACUGCACUCUGACCGUCAAGUUAUCUGCCGGGUUGCUUUGGGGGCCUUGGCAAUCAUCUCGUAUUCGGCUCUCCUAAUGCGCCACACAAUUCUAGGGAAGUUCCACUUCAUACUCUACUACCUGUUCCCAGCAGUUCAGCCACGGUGGCUUGUGACUGUUGCUGAGCGCGUGGAAGGUGUGGGUUCUGAUGAAAAGCCUGAUCUUGCUUUGAAGACUGAAGGCCCAGCUGUGGUACAAGACGAAGCGGAAGCAGCAGGCAUCGAUGCUGCUAUGGAAACAGAUGGGGCUAUGACUGAUAAGACCCCCACAAUGGAAGGAGAUGAAGACCUCAGGAUGCUUCCAAUACCCGUCCGCGUUGGAGAGGCCGUUGAUGUAGUGGCGCAGGUUGGCAGGCAACCAAAGACCAUCACGGGGUUCCAGACCCACACCUCCCCUGUCCUCCUUAACUUUAGCGAAAGAGCCGAGUUGGCAACAGAUGAAUACUUGCCAGUUGCUCGCGUCCUUGAAGGCAUUGUGCUUCUCCGCAAGAAUCCUGAAUAUCAGCCGCCAAAAGCCCAGUAG